CCAAAUCUCUGAAUUAUGGUGGCAUAGGCAUGGUUAUCGGUCAUGAAAUCACACAUGGUUUUGAUGACAACGGCAGAAAUUUUAAUGAGAAUGGAGACCUUGUAGACUGGUGGACUGAAGAAUCAGCACACAAUUUUAAGGAGCUGUCCCAGUGUAUGGUGUACCAGUAUGGAAACUUUUCAUGGGACCUAGCAGGUGGACAGCAUCUAAGUGGAAUCAACACACUAGGAGAAAACAUUGCUGAUAAUGGAGGUAUCAGACAAGCAUAUAAGGCCUAUGAAAACUUUGUGAAAAAGCAUGGAAAAGAAAAACUUCUUCCUGGUCUUGAAAUGAACCAUAAACAGCUUUUUUUUCUGAACUUCGCACAGGUAUGGUGUGGAACAUACAGACCAGAAUAUGCUGUGAACUCCAUCAAAACCGACGUGCACAGCCCAGGCAAAUUCAGGGUCAUAGGAUCAUUGCAAAACUCGCCGGAGUUUUCUGAAGCCUUUUCAUGCACCAAGACAAACUACAUGGAUCCUGCUAAAAAGUGCCGAGUUUGGUGACGGAACUGUAAACCUUGAAUCUCGAGAAGCUUUCCAGAAAAAGAGAAAUUUUGAACUAAUUUUGAGAAGGGGAGGAGGGAAGAAAACUGAGGGGUAUAUGCUAGAGUAGUCACUGUAAUUCUUAGUAAGCAGGCAAAAA